GUAACUUUUGGCUGCAUGAGCUGGGCUUGGUGUGACACGAUUACUGACAUGUUACAACUGGCUUCUGAACCUGCCUGCUCACAGCUCAGCACCGGGCUCCUCCGGGAAAACCCAGCUCUGGAGGCUGAGAUGAGCUUCCUUUGGAUUUGACUCUCCCCAGGUGCCCUCCCCCACGUCUCGUCUCCCUCCCUUGUUCUCUCAGUCCUCCUAGAAACUUAAACUUCCCCGGGUCCUCUCCUUGGGGCGCCUCCCUUCCCUAGGCUGCACUGGGGAUCCGAGUUCACCGACCAUCUUACUAUUGCACUAAUGGACGUUUGAAGGUGGUUUUACCAAACAACCUGCAAAAAUGGAAACAUCUUCUCUGCUUUCAUCACUAAAUGAUGAAUAUAAAUCAGACAACUACAUUGAACCUCAUUAUAAGGAAUGGUAUCGAAUUGCUAUUGAUACUUUAAUACAGAGUGGGUUAGAAGCAUACCAAGAAUUUCUCACCAAAGAGCGAUAUUCUGAGUUUUUGGCCGAGGAAGAAAUUAACUAUAUUUUGAAAAACGUUCAGAAGUUUGCAGAGAGCACAGCCCAUAGCUCUGAAAGUUCUUGUGAUGACACCUCUUCUUCAGGAACCUACUGGCCCAUUGAGUCUGAUAUAGAAGCUCCAAACUUGGAUUUGGGAUGGCCCUACGUGUUGCCUGGACUACUAGGAGGUACCCAUAUAGAUCUGCUUUUUCAUCCACCACGAGCACAUUUUCUCACUAUAAAAGAAACUAUUCGCAAGAUGAUCAAAGAAGCAAGAAAGGUCAUUGCCUUAGUAAUGGAUAUGUUUACAGAUGUGGAUAUCUUCAAAGAAAUAGUGGAAGCAUCAACCAGAGGGAUUUCUGUAUAUAUUCUCCUUGAUGACUCCAACUUCAGUCAUUUUUUAAAAAUGACAGAAAAGCAAGGAUGUCAAGUUCAGAGACUCAGGAACAUCAGAAUAAGGACAGUAAAAGGCCAAGAUUAUCUUUCAAAAACAGGAGCAAAAUUUCAUGGAAAAAUGGAACAGAAAUUUCUUUUAAUUGACUGCCAGAAAGUAAUGUAUGGCUCCUAUAGCUACAUGUGGACAUUUGAAAAAGCACAUUUCAGCAUGGUUCAGGUUAUCACAGGACAGCUGGUGGAAUCAUUUGAUGAAGAAUUUAGGACUCUAUAUGCCAGAUCCUGUGUUCCUAGUUCAUUUGCUCAAGAAGAAUCAGUGAAGGCAAAAAAUGGGAAGCCUCUCUGGGAAAAUGGUACAUACCAACGUUCAGUAUCUUCUUUAGCUUCCUUUUCCAGCCAGAGAAAUCUUUUUGCUAGGCAAGACAAUCUUCCCAAACUAGAUCCUGGUUACUUUAAAAAUAGAGGCAUGUAUGCAGUUAAUGAACACAACAGACAUAACAUAUGGAAUCAUGGAUACAAAUCACCUUUCUUACCUAAUUUUAAUGGUCCAAAUAAAAUCUGCCAGUAUCAACCCAGUCAGAUGAAUGAGAAUUGGAAGAGACAUAGUUAUGCAGGAGAAAAACCAGAAACAACUCCUUAUCUGCUGCUCAACAGAGCAAUGAAUUGGGGCAACAAUCCAUCGACUAAAUGGAAAAUGCCAUCAGAUAGUCUUAGUGUAGCAUCAUCAUCACGAGGUGGUUAUAUGAACCCCCUCCAUACGCCAGCACAGAGCUUUGCAGACCGCUUGGCACAGAGGAAAACCACAAAUCUUGCAGAAAGAAAUUCAAAUGUACGGCGGUCUUUUAAUGGGACUGAUAAUCACGUUCGCUUUUUGCAACAAAGGAUGCCCACUCUUGAAAAUACCACAAAAUCCUUCCUGCGGUGUCGGCGAAUUGAAUCCUACUUAAAUGAUCAUUCAGAAGGGAUACCUGAUGCAAAUGGCUCAGCUCCGGGGGACCGAUUUGAAGGCUAUGAUGGACAUGAGAAUGUUAAAGCCAGUGCUCUUUACACUCAUUCUCGGUUUCGUCCAUCAAUUGUGUUUAAACCAACCUUGCCAGAACAGCAGGAAGUAAAUAGCUGUACAACAGGAUCUUCAAACUCAACGAUAAUUGGUUCUCAGGGAAGUGAAACAUCUAAAGAGAUAGCAAAAAUACAACAUUCUUCAGACCAAUCAUUAUCAGAAUUAAAUACAAAUCUUCAGCCACCUCCAUUAGAUGCAUCAAAAAGGCAUAGCUUGCAAGAUCCAGAAAACCACCAUGAACCUAUUUUAAAUCAAAACACACAAGUCCCUCCUGAAUCAAAUAAUUAUUUAUAUACAACUUUAGGUGGGAACAAACAGGUGGAAACUCUGAAAACUGAGCAAAAUGAGAACCUGCUUAAAAGAAGAAGUUUUCCAUUCUUUGAAAACUCCAAAGCCAAUCUGGAUCAAGGUGGGGGAAAGCACUAUGUAUACAGCACACUGACUAGGAAUAGAGUCAAGCAGCCAGAGAAACCCAAAGAGGACUUAUUAAAGAGCUCUAAAAGUAUGCACAAUGUCGCUCAUAACCCAGAGGAUGAAGAUGAAGACCUCAAAAGGGAUUCUUCAAACACUAACAGCACCAAGUCCAUUUCUAUUGCUGCUCUUCUAGAUGCAAAUAAGGAGGACUCCCCAAAAGAUAUGUCCUCAAAGAAAGAAAUGAAGGGUUCCCCAAGUUUUUUGAAAAAAGGUUCUCAAAAGCUGAGGUCAUUACUCAGUCUCACACCAGAAAAGAAAGAAACUCUAUCAAAAAAUAAAGCUCCGGCUUUUUAUAGAAUGUGUAGUAGUUCUGACACAUUAGUUUCAGAGGCAGAAGAGAACCAAAAGCCAAAAAAAUCAGAGCCAAAAACAGAUUCAUCUCCAAGAAGGAAACGGUCAUCCUUAGCCAAUUCACAAGGCAGUAUCCAUAAGAGUAAGGAGAAUAUUGCUGUUGGAUCCCCUCCUGUGGUCUCAGAAGACAACAAAACGUGCCCUUCUGCAUACCCAGUCGAAAAAGAGUUCUCAGAAAGGCCAGGAGAUGCUUCUGCUCCGAGAUUCAACACUGAGCAGAUUCAAUACCAAGAUUUAAAGGAAGUUAAACCGAGAAUAGCCUCUGAAAGAAUACCUCCUUCCUCUCCAAGGCCAAAGCCUAGCGAACUGCUAAGAUCUCGUUCCACAGACAGGCGUGUAUAUAGUCGCUUUGAGCCAUUUUGUAAAAUGGAAAGCUCUGUUCAACCCACAGUCCAUGUGCCAAGCCCCAGCAUGCACCGUCCUGAGAUAAAGAACAUCACUGCUGGCAAUAGCUAUGGUAGGACCAGUCCUCUGCUCACCUACAGUUCUCCUGCCUAUCGUUCUUAUCAGCCAAAUGAAAAUAAAUUUCGAGGAUUCAUGCAAAAAUUUGGAAAUUUCAUACACAAGAACAAAUAACUAAUUUUAACUAUCAAUGCAAAGUUCUCGAGUUUUUAUGGACAUGAAUACUUGAACAAAUAAGACAAUGGGCAGGUUUUGUAAAAUGAAAUUGGGCUUCUUAGGGGAACAUUUUAUAACUAAUGUACAUGUUUACACAUAUGUUAUUGUAUAGAAAAGGUCUACUUUUAUGUAAUUAAUUCAGACUUACUUUGACACUGCAGAUGUAAUUUGUCCAAGGGAAGUUUUGAAAAAAAAUUAAAAAUUAAUGUGAGUGAAAAUGCUUUAUUUUUCUUUAGACUGAAGAUUUAAAAAAAAAUAAUCGUUAGUAAGAGAAAUAAAGUGAAUGUUAGUAAAUGCUUUUAAAUCAUUAACCAAUACCCUUUUCUACAGUCAUUCCUUUAAAAAGGCGGAAGUAUUAGUGUCAGUAGCUCUUUAAAAUUCAUCUUUCUGGCAUUUUUGUAGCCUCAAAAACAAGAAAAAAGGGAAAGAAAACACACAGUAUCACAAUGGUUUUUUUAAUUGCCUUUAAAGUCUUCUACAUGAUAGAUUGGAACAUUUUAUUAGUAUGUUAUUGAUUUUCCUAUGAAGCAUAGAUAAGUGGGCACCUUUGUAUUAAUUGCAUACUACAAAAUAGUAACUGAGCCAUAUUGCCUUAAAAAUCAAAAUUAUGGCAUGUGAGAUCAUCAUUUACCUUUGUGCUAUAGAACAAUUCAUUCAUCCUAAAUAGCUCAAGCCAUUGCUUGUUUGUAAUUUUUUUCUCUUUUGGUGGCUUGCUUUCUGAUAUUGCCCUCUGAUGAUUCAUCUGACAAUGCUAGAAUCAAUAUCUGAUAUACACCAAAGACUUUAAAUUUGUCAAGACUCUGGGGCUGGUGUAUUCUAAUAAUGAAAAUUGUGAUGGUGGUGCACAGUUCACAAAGUGUUUUCCUCACAACAGCUUUGUAUGGUAAAUACAGUGGGUAUCAUUAUCUCUUUUGCAAAUAGGGAAAUUGAGGCCCAGAGAACUUCAGCAAAUUUUCUGUAAUCAUAUGACUGGUAAGUAGUGGAGCUAGAGGCUAGACUGCAAGCCUAAUGAAUUUUAGGUAUAGUGACCUUUUGUAUACCAGUACUAAUAUUGUUCCAGUGCUCCUAUAAUUUCAGCCAGGCUUUUAUUUGGCUUUAUUAAUGGCAUGUGUUUUAAAUCACAUACAUUUUUAGAUUUCUUCCCCCUCCAUACAUACCCAUCCACAUCCACAGAGAGAGACAGAGACUCUUCCCUUGUAACAAAGAAAAAUAAACAGUCAAAACAAAGAGCAUUUCUGGUAGUGGAUGAACCAUCCUGUACCCCUGCUGUCUCACCACUCUAAAGAAAUGAGUGAAAAUUAUUAAGAUUUUAACUCAUUACCCUAAGGGAAAAUAUAAUCUCUCUUGGGUGGAUGAUAUCAAAGGAAAAUUUCCCCAUUCUUUUUCAUAUUGGUUCUAUUAGAGCAGAAACUGAUAUUUUUUUAGAUUUUUCACAUUACAUCAAAAUUUUUAUUUUUGUUCAUUAUUGUUAACUAAUGAUAUCAUAAGUGAUAUUUUAGAAUACUGAAGAAAGGUGAUAUGCAACCUGAAAUUUGACAAAUGAUUCUCAAAAUACUUUAAAAUGAUAAAUGUAUGAAACUUUCUAGGACCCUUUUAAUAGCUAAACUAACCAUGACUUUGAACUGCCAUACCUGAAGAUGGGUCUUUGAUUCAGUAUGUGAUCUGAACGAAAUCAUCAUUUUGUCAAUAAGGUGUAUUUUUCUGGCAUUUCCAUAGAAAACUGAUGUUUGGACUUUAUUAUACUUAACUAUUACUAUAUUGCACAAGAGCUACUGAGUUAUUCCAUUAUACCUCAGUUUUAUUUACUUAUUUUUACAUAUCUAUCCUUUCCUCUUUGGAGAACAAAGAUAUGGCAAAUAAAAUAGAAUUAUUGUUUAUAGUGAAAAGAAAGUAUUCUGCAGUGUUCAAAAACAAAAAUGCUUAUACACUCUGUUACAACUCUUCUAUUAAAAUACGUAUUUGUUCUGAACAUCUUGAAUGCUCAAAAAAUAUAGAAUAUUAAAAAUAAAAUUGAAUGUCAGUGUAAAGGAUGACUUGGUACAAAGACUAACUUUUGUAUAUAAUAGCCAUUCAUUGUUAGCAAAAUAGAGAUUCUUCCAAAUUUACUCUUGGAUCACAUCCAUUGAAUAUUAAAAUUUUUUUAUAAAAAUUGUUAAUGCUUUGUAAGUUUUUGAAGUUCUCUUUUCUUUAUAAGCCGUUCUUUACUUGAUCUUUCAAUGAUCAGCCUUUGAACAAUGUUCAUGAAGUUAGGUAUUUAUAAUUUAGCAUAAUUUAUUCAUGAAUAUAGCUGUUAUGUUUGAAAUCCUUAAAAGACAUAAAUGAAACUUAGCUGAGUGAGCCUUCUUCAAACAACUAUAUCCUUUUUAACCUUUCAAUAUAUACUAUGGUAUAAUAGUUGUCUUAAAUGCAUUAUGUUUGGGGAAAUUAAAAAUAAUGAUCAAUUUUCUUCUUAGAAAAAGUCAAUUUUAAACCAAUGACUAAUUCAAUUUUGGUAUCUAAUGUUAGUUGCCUACUUUGGAAAUCCAACUCCCAAAGGAAAAAAUGUAUUUGUAAAAAGGAAUUCUUUAUUCUUUUUUUUUUUUAAUUUAACAGGGGACCUGGAGGUCCUCUUACCAUAGAGAUAUGUAGGGACUAACCAGCCCACAGUGGCAUGAAGGAGAAACCAUAGAGAGAGGAAGGAGGAACCAUAGAGAUAGGAAGGGAGGUAGGAGAAGGUUAGAAAAGGGGACCAGGGUGAGUUGGUGGUUGGGGUUUAGUUGCUGGAAUAUAAAAGGUGGGCCUGAGCUUAUUGAGAGUUCUUUUUGGCUUUAGCCUUUAGAGGGCUUUUUGGCUUGUUUUAGGCUGUUAGUUUUUUUUUUCUUUCUUGAACUUUUUGGGAGAUGGCUGGUCUUUGUUGACAGACCUAAUUGAGGUUGGAUUAAACACUGAGUUGGUUUUGAUUGGUUGGAUUGGGUUUGGAACUUUGUUGGGUGGUUGUUAUUAGCAGGAGUUAUAGGCAGUUAUAGGUAAAAUAUAAGCAGUUUAGGUAGUAAAUAUAGGUAGUUAGAGGUAGUUGCAGGAUAAGUAGUAGAGACAUUAGGAAAUUUUCUUUCUCUAUCUCUUUCCUUUAUUUCCCUCCUUUACUAUAUUCAUUUUACUAUAUUAUUUUACUAUCUAUUUUAAUUAAACUAAAUUAUUAAUUAUUAAAAACUGCUAGAAGUUUCUUUUAUCUGACUUAAAGGGAUAAUAUUAAUUUACAACUCUACACUAUUCUUAUUAAAACUUAAAUUAUUAAGAGCUGCUCUCUUAUUUUUGUCAAACCCCUGUUUUAACCCUUACAUAUUCUAAAAGUGUUUUUCAGUUAUUUUGACUUUGAUUUGUAGGUUAACUUACCAAUCUGACUUAGCCUAUAAGGUAGCUUAAAUAUUGUACAUGAAUAAGGAUCUACAUAAUAAUAGCAUUAUAAUAGAGCCUUAUAUUACCAAUUACUUUUUUGGAGGGUUUUAUAGAGGAUUGUAGUUAUUGAUGCCCUUUAGAGAAACACUUGUUAUUUUUCAAUGUUUAACUGACUACGCAAUUAAUAGUCCAGACAUUUAAAGUUAAAUAGCCUUUUAACUUAAAUACAAAGAAUAAAUAGCAUAUAAUUGAAUAAAUCUUUUAAAUUAUCUAAUUCUUUUCCCUCAUUUGAUAGAUGAAAAAGUGCUUAAAAUUAGAAUUGCCUAAAUUCCUGUAGCUAGUAAUAACAGUAGAGUCAAGAUCUGAAAAUAGGUCCCAUGACACUAAAUCCAGCAUUCUUUCACCUAUACUACAAUGAGUCUCAAUUAUUACAGUUCUCCUGAUGAAUGGUAUAUCAGUUAAUAGAAUCUCAUUGGAUGGCUCCAUAUCCUUAUUUCAAUUUUAGCCAUUAAAUACGAAAGAAAAUAAUAAAAUUAAAAGUAUAUUUACUUCAAAUGAUGGCAUUUUGGGGGAUGAGAUAUAUAUAAUUAAAACAAUAUGGAUGAAAAAAUGUUGGAAAUGCUAAUGGAUACUGAGGGGUAUUUGAAAACAGAAAUGUCAAAUUCUAGGCUUGGGAAGAAUAGUUUAAAUGAGACAACAAAUUGUUUAAUAAAUUUUUAACCCACUAAAAUAAUAAUAAUUUGUGGGUUUUCUAUGGCCGUGGAAAUCCAUAUCUAUUUUAAUCUGGCAACAUUCCUUUAAAGAAAUGUACAUAGAAAGAAUCAAAAUGGCAGAAUAAAAGGUCACAACUGCCAAAUCUACUCCAAAACCUCUCCUAGGAAUGGCCACAGAAAUUAUUAAUAAUGAUAUUGAACAGAAGUCAGAGUGGGGUCUUUCCUAGGUAAGGAGCUCAGUGUAGACCAAAAGAGCAGUUAGCAUACCUCUCUCAUCACAAUAGAAGCACCAGUAAGCUAUGGACCCUCAGGUCUAUCUGAAAGAAAAGGACAUAAUAAAGAAAUAAUAGAGAAAAAUUUAAGCAGGACAUGUCCAUCAGAGGUGGCCAGAGCCCAGCUAUAGCAGUAGGCCCAAAAUCAAGAAGUAGGUGGAAAAUGACUGAACAAGCAAAAAGAACUUGAUAAAAAAUAUGCAUAUUAUGGUGACAAAGAAACUAAGACAAACUCAAGCUAAUGACUUGAAAACAUGUACAAGCAAAAGAUUUAAUAAAGAAAAACAUAUAGACAACAAGAAUUCCCAAAAGAGCUAAAAACAUUUUAAAAGGAUAAAAAUGAUUUUUAAAAAUCAUAGAGGAAAAUUUGGGUAAAGAAAGGAGAAUUGAAGGGAAAUUAGGAAAAGAGAAUUACCAGGUUGGUAAAAAGUCACAAAGCAUCCUGAAAAAAUAAUCAAGUGACCAAAUGGUUAAAAAAAAAUACAAAACCUUACUGAAGAAUAUAACUCCUUAAACUUAGAAUUGGUUAAGCUGAAAUUAAUGACUCAAUGAGACAUCAUUAAAUAAAACAAUCUAAAUCAUGUACAGUGUGUUUUGUUUUUCUACUAUACAUAUGUGUAUUGAGUCUUUUGUCAUCUUUUUAAUUUAGGAAAGAGAGAGAUGAAUGGAGUGCAAGGGAAAGAUUAUUGUCCUUAGUAUAUUCUGCCAGAUAACACAAUAGCAAGCACCAUCAGCCACAGAAGUAAUCAAAGUGGUUGUGGUAUAAUGGUAGGAGAAGGAAAGAGAGGAGGAGGAGGAGGAGUAAUAGUAGUAAUAGGAAUAGUGGUGGUGGUUGUGGUGGCAAUUGGACACUGAGUUUAUAUUGCCAUUCCUGGUUUUAAUGACUUUCAUAGAUCCAAGUUUUUUUGUGACCUGCAAGAUCAAUUUGAGUCAGUGGUGUGAUGUCAGCCAAAAAAGCAAAUGAAAUAGUGCUGACGUUAAAAGAGUUAUGAUUCUUGGAAUUAUUAUUAGUAGCAAUUGAUAAAUACUUCUUUGAUCUUAGCCUGCUAUAGUACACCAAGAAUACAUCAACCAUAUCAUCUAUCCAAGCCAAUUUUCUAAUUAUCAUUUGUAAGGAGGUGCUAAUUUCUACUUUUAGAGAAAAUUUCCUUGCCAGGAAAUAAUAGAUCUUGUUCAUCGAUGUAUGAAUGUGAGUGUCUAUACAUAUUUGUACAUGUGUAUGUAUAUACUUGUAUGCAUGUAUACAUAUUACAUGUACACAUACGUGUAUAGAAAUAGGUAUAGCUAUACAUAUGUGGGGGUAUUGGCUAUACUACCCCACAUGGAGAAUAGCUUGUUGUACCUACUUCCUGUUUAUAGGGUACAAUUUAUAGAAUAGAAUGGGGACAAAAUUAGUGAAUUUUAAAGGGAGAAAGAAUAAGAUAGUGGAAAUCACAGUGGCUCAGGAUUUAAGAAGACGAAUUCAAAAUGUCACUGACUUUGAACAAAUUAUUUAACCUCUCAAUCUCUCUGUUUCCUGAUCUGUAAAAUAAUGGAUUCAAUUAGUCAUGUCCUCAGUUCCAUUCCAACACUAAAUCUAUGAUGUUAAGUCUUUGAAGCAAUUUUUUUGUUUCUAUAAUAUAUUGCUUUACUUCACAAUAUUCUGUUGUCAGUCGCUCAAUACUGCUUCAUAUGCCUCUCUGUGCUUAGUUGUAAGUGCUUAGUAGGUGCUCAAUAACUAUAUAUUCUUGAUUAAUCUAUAAUUGUUAGUACACAAUUAGACAACUGUCCUUAAGUUGCUAAAUGAUGUUAAGUUAGGGAAACACAGCCAGAAUAUCUCAUUGGUCUGUUUUUGGCUAAAUAUUAUUUGAUGCUCAUCAUUAAAAUGAAGAAUGAAAUAGAAAGUAUGCUCAUUAUUUGUAGAUGACACCAUGCUGAGAAGAAUAGUUAGCACCUCAGAAGCUGAGAUUGAAAAUGACCUUUGUAAAUAGAAAGUGAUUUAAUAAACAUACAUCGAUGAAAUUCAGAGAUAGAAAAAAACCAGAAAUUCAAUGAGAAAAAAUGAAUAAGACUAAUAUAUAUGAAUACCAAGGUUGUUUUUUUUUUUUCCUAGCACAAUAAGGAAAUCCAAUUAGGUAGGCAUCAAGCAAGUCUGACAGCAUGCCACAGAUUGUUUAUACCUCCACAGUCAGGCUGAGUAGUUAAGGAUCUCUUCCUAUAUACCCGUUCACACAGACUUGAAGUCCAGUAUCAGUCUACAAUUCCAAAGCAAAAUGGAGAAAUGAAGCCAGAUACUUAUCAUAGAUGGUGAGAUGGUGUUCAUGGUCUCAAAUAUAAGGGAAGAAGACUUAAACCUAGACAUUUGAAAAGGCAUGCUAAAAGUAGGCAUUUUGGUCAUAAGGAACAAGAUUAGAACUAAAUUACUGAAUGACCUCCCCCAAGCCCUUCAAAGUUACAUGAUCAGAACAAGACUAGCAACAAGAAUGGUAUAAUCCAAACAAUUUAAGCUGGGAAUCCAGGGCUCACUGUAUUUCUCCUGAUUAGGUUUUGCUGCAAAACCUCAGCUGAAAUAAGAGUCAGUCACAAGUGGUUUUAAAGGAAAUGGCUCUUUUCUAGCUAAUGAGAAGAGCUUGAAGGGAGUGAAGAGGGUCACAGAAACAGCCUCCAAGAGAAUCCAUAAGAAUCAAGGCAUGAAAAACCUGUAAAUAAGACAAAGAUGACUAAGACUCAGAAAAUAAAACUAGGAAAUGCAUAUUAUUUUAGUCUGGAGAUUAGGAAUCUGGAAAAGGGAAGAUUUAAUAUUGUUAAGAUACGUGGAAGAGUAUUAUAUCAUAUGAAAGAUGGUGAACAGUUCUCUAUUUCUAUUAAAAGCAGAACAAGAGGAAAUGAAUUACACAGAAUGAAAGGUUUGUAUUAGAUAUUAAUCUCUAGAAAAUUCUAGCAUAAAAAAUUAAAGUUUGAGAUGUAUCAGGAGGAAAAAUAUAGAAUUUAAGUGUCAUCUUUGUCCACUAUCUCUCACCACAUUCAAUCUGUUGCCAAGGUCUAUGGGUUUCACAUCGACAAAAUCUCUAGAACAUAUACCCUUCUCUCCACUGAUACUACCAUCUUACUGUUAUGGGUUCUUAUCACCUGAUAGAACUUGUUUGCGAGUAAUUUUAGGGUAAGAAACUUGCUACCUCCCAGAAUCUAGAAGAUGAAUUGCUUGAAGAAAAGUACCAUGGAGAUGCCUGCAGAAACCUCACACUGCAUCGAAAGAUCCAGAAUGAACUUUGGGCUGUAGUGAAAUUGAACUCUGAGGGGGUUAUAACACAUUUAUUUGUAUGUAUACUUUUAUGCCUGAAAGGGACUGCCCCCUAAUUAGCUUUUUGUCAAUGUACCUAGCAAUCAUUGGUUUUGUUCUUUUUCCCUUUUAUCCACAAAUUAUUAUAAUUUAUAAGUUGGUUAUAUUUACAAGAUCUACUGAGGAGACUAGUCUUUUCAAAAGGUUCUCAAGGGGGGUUGUUAAAUAAGAAUCUGUUACCUUCAAAACUACAAUCCCCAGCAAAAACUACAAUUCCCACAAUCCUACUCACUUCUUGUUAUUAUGUGCUGACAUAGACAGGAUAUAAAUUGGGUGGAGUUCAGUGUCUAGCUCUCUUUUGCUUCCUGUUUGCAGAUUUGGCAGAGUGGGCCUUUUGAGCAGGUAGAAAAUUUAGUUCCAUGGUUCUAUUUUGUUAGAUAACAAACUUUUUCCACUGCUGAAUCUACCUUUCAGGCCUGUUGAUUUAUGUAGUUUUUU